CCCGUCUCCGGCCAGCAGGAAAUACGCGGCUUGUCCAUGCGGGGCACGCGGCAGUGGCAUGCAGCGCCGGUAACUUAAUUCCCAUGCUUGGCUGCCACGUCGGAUCUCCGCAAGACGGGCCCUCUUAGGGUCGCACAGAUGCAGAAUAACACUCCAACACAGUAUGGACACCAUGCCCGGUACUCAACACCGCAAGUAGAAGGUUUGUAGAUGGAAACGCAGCGCCAUGGAAUCUUGCAAACAGACCUCUCUACCAACCAAAGCUGCUAGAGCUCUUUCGAAGAUGGCUCCAUUCCAAGCGCAACCCACACCACGCGGCCAAGACAGGCUCCGUCCCGCACGCCGCGGGAAACCAACACAAGACCUCACCCUGCUUCAAGAUUUUCUUCUCUCCUUCCUGCGGGGUGCCUUCCAGAAAGGUAGCGGCCCUUUCACUUCUCGCCCAAAGAUGGGCAAGGAAUAUGGGGGCGGCGGCGGCGGGAGAUCUGUAACCCUGCAGGCUGCUGCGUUUUGGCACACACAUGCACACACCUCCCUCUCCCCAACGGGGACUGCUCGGCGAUACAGAGGUUGCCAGGUGUAUCUACGGAAGCGCGUCGCAUAUCUAGCCCGUCUUGUCGACGCUUCCGUUCCGUCACAAAGUCGUAUGGCCGGACCCCCUUACGAGAAACAUCCGUCUGCGUCGAGGAGAAGACGGCCUCAUUUCGGACUGUAUACGCCACAGUAUCGGAACAGUGUAUAUGCACGGAGGGAUAGGCGUCUCAUCGCCCAAAGUGCCAAGAAGGUUCUGACCAACGUAGCAUCGCGCCGUUGGCUCGAGAGAACCAUGCCAAGGCGGGAUCGCCCGAAUAGAUGAAAAGAAACAAAAACCGCCUCCAGACUAUUCGCCAUAUCGGACAUGGCUACGGGCGGGCGCACGAGCCUCCGGGGGUGGGGGCAUGGCGACGGCAAGCGAACUUU